AUGGGUGUGUCGUCGCAAAAUUGCUGCCUCUUAAUUCCAUCACCAGCUAAUAGGAAGUCAUUAACACUUCGCUCUAUACUUUAUCCUCCAAUCUUCACCUGCGAGGAUCCGCAAUACAAAAUCCGAAUUGUGUCGUAUGCUCCUCUGUUCAUUCAUAUCGAGAACCUCAUUACGGUUACCGAGAGAUAUGCGCUUGUAAAACUCUCAGCGACGGUUCAAGCCUUCGAAACGAUUUCAAAAGACUCAAGCCAGUCAGUCAUAAGUCCCGGACGGACAAGUUCCACCACAUUCCUGCCCAGAUUAGACAGGACUGUGCAAUGCCUAAUAAAUCGUGCUUCAGAAUUCCAAGGUUACAAAACUACAACUCAAAUUGAGGGCCUCCAAGUUGUAAGGUACAUCGAAAAUGAAGACUAUCAGCCUCAUUUUGAUAGGGAUAUCCGAAACAAUAUGACAAGUCGCCCUCAACGUCACACGACGUUCUUUGGCUUUCUUGAGGCUGAUUGUGAGCACUGUGGGACGCAUUUUCCAGGACUUUCAAUCAAGUGGGACGUGGAAGACGAAAGGUUGUGUGAGUUUUUUGAGUGUGGGGUUACAGAUGGCAUUAUAUUCAAGGCUGUGUCUGGGAGCGCUCUCUUUUGGAGGAAUCUUUUGGAUAACGGGACAGGCGAUGUCAGGACGCCUCAUGCGGGACUCCCAGUCUCCAAGGGGGUAAAGCUGGGGUUAAAUAUUUGGACAGGAAAGUGA